AUGAAUUUCCUGGGGAUAUUGGGUCAGCUUUGCGGGGUGUUAGCUAGGCCCAAGAUGAUAUCCAGAAUUCCAGCUCCCAUUGUGCUUGAUACUACCCUACGAGAUCUCUAUGCCUCUGCUGGCGAUGACGAAAACAUCAUUCUUGUCUAUGCCGUCCCUACCGCCGAUAUACAAAUGUCUGCGGGCGUACCAAUUUCCCGAAAGUUCAGCUACCAGUCUCCAGCAUGCCCUACGAAAGACAGUGACAUCUUGGCCCGCGAGUUCCUGCAACUGGUACCGCAGCUCUUUGGCUUCAUUGCUGGCAAGAUGCCUUUGAUCCUGUUCGAUCUCGACCCAGAUCAGGAUGAGACCAGUUCUUCAGAUCCCUCCUCUCAACGAUCGCACCGGAUGGACGCCUACAACGUGUUUGAUCGUCUCGAUCCUUCCCAGAGACCGUUUCUGGACUUCGUCCCUUCUGCAGAAUCGAUUCCCCUUGAAUCUACUUCACGUCUCGCAAUCAUCAACCCAAUGGAUUGCCUUCUCCCUUAUCCGCACCUAGUAUCUCCGGAAGCGCACUACACUGCACUCUCCAAACGCGCACUUGCCAAGUCGCCACUCCCUACUCCUACCACUCUGGUUAUCGACACUAUCUUAGGCCCUGCUCAAACUUCUGACGCAGAACUCCUGGUCUUCGAAGCUGAGAGAAUGCUCAAACCUCUGACGACUCAUGCGCUGCCUUUUGUGGCGAAGCUUCCACAAGCCCUUUCAGGACAAGGUGUCUUCCUCAUCCGUACAGAAGAAGAGCGAGCCGCGGCGCUUGCAGUGCUGCAACCGGAAACAUUGCGUAUGCUGCGAGGUAUGAAUGAGGAGAAUGCCCAUCUCGACACCUGCUGCAUACUAGCGCAGGAUCUCCUCCCAGGAGACGCCGUUGCACUCUCGCUAUUUAUCACGAAAGACGGGAAAGCUGUGUUCAACGCUUGCUGUACCCAGCUUGUGGAUUCAGAGGGAAACUGGGGUGGAGGCUCUCUGGAUUACCGCGAGCAAGACCAGCUGAGAGAAAAAUACAGAAGCAUCAUGGCGCAAUUAGCAUCCUACGUGCAUACUUUGGGCUACUGGGGGCCCAUGGGCGCCGACAUCAUGACCGACGAGGAAGGACAUCAACUCGUAAUUGACAUGAACAUCCGAGUAACAGGAAGCCACCCGCUCGGGGCGCUCCGGGGACACUUCACACGCCUAGGCUUGAACGUAGCGGUACUGCUGUUUCCAUUGCUGCUCCGACUGACGAAAGAUCAGUUUGAGCGGGAAUUCGAGGAGGAGCUGCAUUCGGGAAGUCUGGUGGUGAAUGCUUGGGUGCAUAUGCGCGAUAGGAAAACUAGUAUGACGACGAUUACGCUUGCGGCUGGUGGCAAGGAGAGCCUUGAUGAGUUUUUGGCUCGGGUAAAUGUGUUCAAGAUUGAAAUGCAUUAG